AUGUUGCCUUAUUCUCUUGCUCACUACCCUACACGAAUGGCCCUGAUGAACAUACUCUGGAUGCUGCUCGCAUUAUGCACGAGUUCAAGAAUCAGAAGCGGCGCGGAUCCGACGAUCAUGAACAUUGGAGACCUCUAUUACUCUGCUGACUCCUCUAACGGAUCUAUUUGGGUGCGGAAGGCCUCUUCAAUCCAAGGUCUUGGGUCGACCAGUCCCCAGAAAGUGUGGUCCGACAGUGCCGGCAGAGGAGAGGUCUGGGCUCCAGAGAUCACCACAGACGCUGGAAGGACGUAUAUCUACUUCUCAGCUGGAACAAGUGCAGAUCAUCGCAUGUAUGUGAUAAGCGCCGACUCACCGCUGGCUACAUACUCGGCAGAGCAGAAGCUGGCCUUGCCCGACGACGCGUGGGCCAUCGAUGGCACAGCAUUUACAUUUGAAGGGCAACGGUGGUUUGUUUGGUCCGGAUGGGAAGGAUCCGUAAACGGGGAGCAGUCGCUUUACAUCUGUCGCAUGAAUAAUGCAACUGAGCCAACGGGCAGCCGUUUCAUCAUUUCGCAGCCCCGAGAAUCAUGGGAGCUGGGAGAUUCUCCCACGGUCAACGAAGGUCCUGAAGCUAUAAUCGAUCCAAAUGGCCAGUUGCACAUCGUGUACUCCGCCAACGGAAGCUGGGACAACAAAUAUUGCCUUGCAGACUUGCGCCUACGCAAGGGCGGUGAUCCAACCUAUGUGUGGGACUGGUACAAGUCAAACGGAUGCCUCUUUGGAUCGCAUCAGGAUAGAAUGAUGACGGGCUGGGAUGAAACUCUCUGGAUAGAUGGCCCCGGGCAUCACACAUUUGCACUCACCGAUGGAGACAUCAGCCAAAGCCCAAGUGGAGUCAACCACAUACCUUUUGCCUUUCACGGUGUGGAAAAGGGUACCGAUUAUAGCUGGGCUAACCGGGCUUGGUUCACGGGUUCUUACGUCUGGUGGAGUGCUACGACAUACAAUCGAUCCAAUGUUCCUGGUAACGAGAGCAACACUGGUUUUAGUUUCAAGUUCUUUGAAGAUAGCCUCUAG